AUGCCGACCGAGGAUAGCCGCGAUACCCAGCAUCAUACCCCCCGCGAUGGUACUUCUAGAAGGAGAUCUUCGGAAGAUGCCACUCUCCAGGCAGAAGUGGAGCGUCUCCGCGACAGUGUCACUAAAAUGUCGGAAAAAUACGACCACUUUCAUUGCAGGAACAUUGAGCUAGAACAUGACUACCGUGUUUUAAAGCGGAACUGGGAAAGGACUCACACCCAGGAUGCCCAGCAAGACCUCACCCAGAACGUUGGGCCUACUCAGCCGAACCAGCCGGUACAUUCCAGCCACAGUGCCUCGGCCCAGGCUAGGCUCCGCAAGGGUAAAGACCACCUUCAUCCGGAGAUAGCCCAGUCACGACCCCUUUGCGUUCCCCCACCGAGGGACCGGCCCCAUGAACCAGUCAGGAUCUACCAAGAUUGCAGGGAUCGCCUCUCGGACCGCCAGCCAAGGCCGAUCCCUAUCCCUGUCAACCUCGAAGACCCACGGGUGACACACCCGGGCCCUUCGCCAGCCCCCGUCCGCAUACCCGACGAGGAAGGUGUCGGGGACUCGGAUACUUGGGACUUUUAUAAUUCGGAGACCUGGCCAAAUUACCACACCAGGGCGCUGGAAAAUUGGGAACAAUCCCCAGUCCCUGUCUGCCCCGCCCCCAGGCCUUUGGCGCCUGAAACUCUUCCUCAUGCCGACCCGGCCAUGAGGCUUCUCUUCGAAAAGGUCCGGCGCCUGGAAAGCGAACAACAACGCAGCCAUCAACCCCUCUGGGCAAAACCACGACCAGGGCCCUUUACCGAACGCAUCCUCCACUACCACCAGGAGAAAGAUAUCCAGCCCCUCCGCAUCGCUUUCUACACUGGCACGGAGGACCCCCUCACCCACAUCCACUCCUUCCAGUCUGCCCUUGGGUGCAAAGGCCUCACUGAUGAAGGCAUGUGCCUCCUUUUCCCUUCCACCCUCAGCGGCGCGGCCCUGAAUUGGUUCUACAGGCUCCACCCCUGCACCAUCAACUCCUUCGAUAGUCUCAAGCAGACGUUCCUGGACCAUUUUAUGAUCCAGACUGAUCGCCUAUACUCUGCCGACGACUUGUAUAUGCUUAGGCAGGCUGAGGACGAACCCCUUCGGGAAUAUGCAGCUCGGUUCAGUCAUGAAUACUCUCGCUGCCCAGACACUGACGAUCGCGCUGCCUUCGGCGCUUUUAAGAGCGGCCUCCGCGAGUCCAACUUCCGCUACCUGGUUCAUAGCAACAGUUGGAACACAUAUGCAGAGCUGAUGAAGCAGGCGGCAAUCCACGCUAAGGCUGAAUACUUCAAUUCCAAGCGUGGCCCAGCCAACUUGGCGCGCAACACUUUCGCCGACCCUCCACCUGCUUCAGCACCCGCCCCAGCCCCACCUCAGCAUUCUACCCCUGCCCCGAUUGCCCAGGACAACCAACCACAUAAGCGGAAGGAUAGCUACCAGCAUCCCUUCAGCAAUCACAAACGUGGCAGACAUGGCAACCCCCAUCAAUCUAGUGGAAGCAACCCUCCCAGGCCUGGUGAUCGGGCCCCACUUCCAUUCUCACCCAGGCCCAGGUUUGAGGUUUUUACGACCCUCAACACCACCUAUGAGAACGUCCUGGCACGUGAAGCCCCCAUCAUCCCCAAGCCACCCCCUCGGAGACCAUCCAACAAGCCUAUGCCAAACACGGGGGUCUUCUGCCGCUUUCAUCAAUUCAGCGGCCAUGACACCGAAUCUUGUGUUGCCUUGCGCAACAUAAUUGAAGGGCUCAUCCGGGAGGGUAAGCUGGACAACUAUGUGCGCAACAUACCAGCCCCGCCUAACCCUCACCAACGACAAAUCAACAUGAUCUCCACCAUCAGCGGAGGUCCUACCCUGGCUGGCACCUCCAACAACUCUAUCAAACAUUAUGUCCGCUCCACCUAUGCGCACCAGGUCUUCAGCACCGAGCAGGGACGAUUGCCAAAGACCCACAGGACUGGCUGGGCCCCCAUUACCUUCUGCGAGGAGGAGGAGCGUGGUGUUAUCCUCCCCCAUGACGAUCCACUCAUUAUCCGGGCUGACAUUUCUAACUUCGACGUUGGGCGUAUCCUGGUGGACACUGGUAGCUCGGUCAGUGUGAUGUUCGCCGAGUGCUUCAAUGAACUCCAGGUCCCGCCUCACCUACUCGACCGAAGCAUCACACCCCUUGUGAGCUUCUCAGUUCCCCACUCUAAUGGCCCAGGCACGGUGCGCGGCGACCAACUCGGAGCCCGAAGCUGCUAUGCUUCAGCCGUCAAAUCCACCAAUCGCCAACAUAGGAGUGAAGCCCUAGCAGUAACCCAGGCUCCCGCCCCUCCUCAAGCUGGCACAGACCCACCUGAGGACCCUAGGGAGGAGUCCAUCGCACCACAGGCCGAACCUAUGGAGGACCUGGAGCUGGUUACCCUCCAUGACGAUAUCCCGGAUCGACAAGUCCGGAUCGGCACCUCCAUCUCACCAGAGCUUCGCUCUGACCUGGUCGCCUUCCUCCGCCUCAACUCCGAAGUCUUCGCUUGGUCCUACAAUGACAUGCCUGGCAUAUCACCAGACAUCAUAUCUCAUAGGCUUAGCGUCAAUCCUGCCGUCCGACCAGUCCGACAGAAGCGUCGAGCCUAUGAUCCCGAGCGCUAUGAGGCCAUGAAGGCGGAGGUGGAUCGAUUGAGUAGUAUCCGAUUCAUCAGGGAGGUUGACUAUCCCACAUGGCUGGCCAAUGUCGUGAUGGUUCGCAAGCCAAGAAAGGGCUGGCGCAUGUGUGUCGACUACACCAACCUUAAUCGGGCAUGCCCAAAGGACAGCUUCCCACUACCCCGCAUUGACCAGCUAGUCGACGCCACAGCCGGCCACGCCCUCCUUAGCUUCAUGGAUGCUUAUUCAGGUUACAACCAGAUCUUCAUGCACCCCGAAGAUCAGGCCCACACCUCUUUCAUUACGGACCGCGGCCUCUACUGCUAUAAGGUGAUGCCCUUCGGCCUCAAAAACGCCGGGGCUACUUAUCAGCGUCUGGUGAAUCAGCUCUUUGCCCCCCUGAUUGGCAAUACCAUGGAGGUCUAUGUCGAUGACAUGCUAGUCAAGAGUCGCACGGCUGACCAGCACAUCCCCAACCUCUCUGCCAUGUUCACCAUCCUGAAGCAAUACAAAAUGAGGCUUAACCCCACCAAAUGUGCAUUCGGGGUGGCUUCCGGAAAAUUCCUUGGCUUCAUGAUCAGCCAGAGGGGCAUUGAGGCCAAUCCAGAAAAGAUCCAGGCCAUCUUAGAUAUGACAAUACCUAAGACGGUCAAGGAUAUCCAAAGCCUUACAGGGCGUGUCGCAGCCCUGACCAGAUUUAUCUCCAAAGCCACUGACCGCUGCGCCCCAUUCUUCAAGGCCCUUUAA